AUGCCUGGACGCGGGAAUCUCGACGGACAUUUCGGAAUUGCGAUGCACGAUCUGAAGCAGCCGGAGGUGCGCGUUUGCGAGUUUGUCGAUUCGAAGGAGUAUUCGAGACUCAAAUCGAUGAUCAAUGUGUACAAAGCGUUUGAUAUCGUGAUUCCUGCUGGAAACGAGGAAAAAGGCCAAUCGAAGCUUCUCGGCGAAGCGUUGACGUCGGCGUUUCCGACGUCGCUUCUUCAAACGCUCAACGCGAAAUUUUUCAAAAGCGACAAAGGCGAGCGAACGAUGCGAUCGUUGAUGAAUUUCGAGGUGUCGCGAGUGUCCGACAAAAUUUUUGAGAAGAAGCUGACGAUGGCGGCGCUCGAGGUGCUCAUCAAAUACAUCACCGAAACGCGAUUUGUGUACUUUCGACGAAACUCGCUGCGAAUUCAUGAGAUCCUAUUGAAUAAUACGUGUAUGAUUGAUUACGCUUCAUGGGAAAGUUUGGAAAUUGUGUGCGAUGAGAUUGAGCAGAAAAAGCGCGGAAUCAAACAGCGUCGUUGUCUCGUCGACAUUCUCGAUCACACGAUUACGCAAAACGGCGCGAGAUAUUUGAGGGCGAACGUUCUACAACCGUCGUCGGAUUUGGCGACGAUCGAAAGUCGCCAGGAUUCGGUGGCGGAGCUCGUCGAAAUGGAGGAGUUGAGGGAGAAACUGCGACAGUUGCUCGCGCGAACGCAUGAGCUCGACCAGGUGUUGGCGAUGUGCAUUCAGACGAGCGCCUCGUGGACAGUUCGAGGCGCCGAAUCCAACAUCAAUCAGAUUGUGAAGUUGGUCCAAACGCUGAAAGUCAUCGAUGUGAUUCGAGAUGCGCUUGAAACUGCCGACGUCAAAUCGACGCUUUUAAAAGCAAAAAUCGAAUUUUUGAAAGACGAGCGAUUCGAGGAAAUGAUGCGAAUCAUUGAGGACAAGAUUUGCGAUCAACCGAUCGACUCGAAAAAGAAUUCGUUGGCAUUGAGGAAUUCGAAGUGUUUUGCGAUACGCGAAGGCAUCUCGGUGAAUUUGGACGUCGCGAGAAAGGCCUAUUUAGAGUUGUUGGAGAAAGUCGAAGCGAUUUCGGAAGAGGAGAUUUUUGAGAAAUUCGAGGAGAAUUCCGUUCGAUUGUCAUAUUCGCUGACGAGAGGCUUCCAUUAUACACUGGUGACGAAAAAUGCGCAAAAUGUGAUCAUUCCCAAGAUGUUCCUCGAUGUGACGCGAAAUCGUUCAACCGUCACGUUUUCAUCGCGAAAAAUCAUUUCAGCGAAUGAUCGAAUUUCGCAAGUUGCCGCCGAAAUUUUUCUCGCCAGCGACAUCGUCGUGUCGGAUUUGAUCGAAAUUAUUCAACAUACUUUACCGGUUCUCUACUAUGCGAUGGACGCAUUAUCGACAAUCGACUUUUUGUGCAGUUUGGCGUCGUAUUCGGUGUCGCGCGAUACCGUACGCCCGCAAUUCGGCGAAUCGUUCUCGGUGAGCAACGGACGACAUCCGGUGCUCGAUUGGGCUGAUCCGCUGUCGACGGUGCCCAAUGAUACGUGUUUGACGAGAUAUCGCCGAUUCGGCAUCAUCACCGGGCCGAAUAUGGCGGGCAAAUCGACGUAUUUGAAGCAGAUCGCCCAAUUGGCGAUAAUGGCGCAAACGGGCGCGUUCAUACCGGCCGAUUUCGCCGUUCUACCCGUUUUCACGCGGAUUUUCUCACGAAUGGGACACAAUGAUGAGCUGAUGCGCAAUAAAUCGGCGUUCGCGUCGGAAAUGUGCGACGCCUCGACGAUUCUCAAAUUUGCUGAUCGACACUCGCUCGUCGUCAUGGACGAAUUGGCGAGAAGUACCAGCACCGAAGAAGGCAUCGCCAUCUCGUAUGCGAUAUGCGAGAAGAUUCUCGCCAUCGGCUGCUACACGCUGCUCGCCACCCAUUUUUUGGACAUCUCGACGUUGGCCGGACACUCAUCCGCAAUUGAGAACUAUCAUUUCCAACCGCCGUGCGACGACGAUGAAACUGACGAGGGGAAUUCGAAGUUCAAACACAAAUUGAUGCGUGGUCCUUAUAGAGGACCCUUAUAUGGAUUCGAGGUUGUUGAGCUCUCGACGUUCCCUGGAAGUGUUAUUGAGCACGCUGUGCAGUUGGCGAAGAAGCUUCGAGCUCAGGCUACCCAAGAAAAUCACGAUUUGGAAGCUCAACGUCGUCGUCUGAAAAUCGACACGUGGCAACGGAUGACGAUUCUCGCGGAAAACGCGCGACGUGAAUUUGGUGCGAAUUGGGCGACGAACGAAAUUGUGGCGAGAAAUUUCGAGAUCAUUCGCAAAUCGUUGAAAGACGGCCUUAAACGAAUCGAAGAUGAUGAUGGUUUUAUCGCAUAA